ACUGACUCCCGAGGAAGCAAUGGGGUCUGUGACCGGACCGGGCGCCUCUACCUGUAUCACUACAACGAGGAACAACCUUACAUCCCGCUGAGCGAAAUCCAGAGGAUUGACACUGCUGCCAUCCUGGACAUUAAAUGGUGCCACGUUCCUGUUGCAGAACAUCCCAUGAUUGGCAUCGCAAACUCAACAGGCGCUGUGGAGUUUUGCCACCUGACUGGAAGCGAGAAGAACAGCUGCAUGUUGGAGCCAUGCUUCAGGGUCGAGCUCGGUGCGCAGUGUCUGGCCUUGUCUUUAGACUGGUCCACAGGACGAGAGCAAUGUGGGCGUCCUUUGAGAGUGGUCAGCAGUGACUCGGAGGGGAAGCUCAAUCUUUUCUCCAUAGAUGAAUCUGCUCCUUCUGUGCAUGUCCUGAACCAGUGGGAAGCUCACAAAUUUGAGGCUUGGAUUGCUGCUUUUAAUUACUGGGACACCGAUAUUGUGUAUUCAGGAGGAGAUGACAACCUGCUGAAGGGCUGGGACACCAGGCGCAGGCCCGAGGCUCCUGUCUUCACCAGCAAGAGGCACUCGAUGGGUGUGUGCAGCAUUCAGUGCAGUCCUCACCGGGAGAAUCUUCUGGCUACUGGCAGCUAUGACGAGCACGUGCUGCUGUGGGACACCAGGAACAUGAAGCAGCCCCUGGCAGACACCCAUGUAGAAGGUGGAGUCUGGAGGUUGAAGUGGCACCCGACCUGUGACUUUGUGCUGUUGGCAGCCUGCAUGCAGAGCGGAUUCAAAAUCCUUGACUGCCGCGGGAGCCUGGCUGAAAACAUGGAAGAAUGUAUCAUCCUGUCGUCCUACGUCCUGCACAAUUCCUUGGCCUAUGGGGCUGACUGGUCAAGGCUCAGUCCGAGGGAUUCCUGGACCACAACACAGGACUCUGCUGCCGCGUGCCAAUCUUCAGAGGAGCUCGUGGGAAGAUCAGAGGAAGAAGAUGAGAGAUUGAAUUUGCAGGUCCAAAACCUGAAGAUAAUUUACGAGUCUCCUACAGCUACUUUUGAUGUAAUACUGGAUGAGGAGAGCGCAGGCCCUGCCGUGCCGCUCAGGGAUCCUGGCCCGGUGAGGGGCUCUGGUUUAAAGGGGAGUCAAGAUUUGGUGGGGGGCUCUGAGCGAGGGGGAGAUCCCGAGUCAGCCAGUGGCUCUGGAGCCAAGAGACCCAGCGGGAUGGGCCUGGGCAGCAGCGGGGACCCCGGCCGCGCUCUAGACAGCCCGAGAGAAACGAGCAUUGUGGCAACUUGUUCUUUCUACGACAACAUCCUCCACGUCUGGAAGUGGGAGAUGAGCCUGGUGACCCCACCAGGUGCCACAUCUCCAUCUGAAAGAGCAGUUGGCACUUUGCAUUGA